UCAGCUGAUAAGAGUUUGAGUAUAAAACUUCAAAUGCAAGUAAUAUUACAGAUAUUUACUGACAGUGCAGUCAUGAGGGUAGUGCAAGAGGCUUGUGGACCCUUGGAGGUGAUGGAUCCUUCGCUCCUGCUGCGGCCAGAGCCCACAUUUGCUGCAAAGCCUGUCAGUAUGUUUAGGGAUUAUUCAGUGGACCCUGAAGAUCCAAUCAAGGAGAGAGUCCGUGUUACAUAUCACAAGAUGCAUACCUAUCAGACUGUUGACUUUGUCAGAGGCAAAAUGGAUUACUGGCUCAGGUUUGACAAGUUUUGUUCAACGGUUAUGGAUGCCCUUGUGAAGAUGAACGAUCUUGUGGAUGAGAGUGACCCAGAUGUAGAUAUUCCGAACUUAGUACAUGCUUUCCAGACAGCUGAACGUAUUCGUGCAGAUCAUCCACAGGAGGACUGGUUUCAUCUAACAGGACUCAUACACGAUCUAGGAAAGAUCAUGGCCUUCUAUGGUGAACCACAGUGGGCGGUUGUAGGAGAUACAUUUCCUGUAGGCUGUGCUUGGGGGAAUUCUAUAGUGUACAGACAAACCAGCUUCAAGAACAACCCUGAUGGGAACAACUCACUGUACAACACCAAGUUUGGUAUAUACAAACCUAACUGUGGCCUGGAGGAUGAAGUAAUGUCAUGGGGUCAUGAUGAGUACAUGUACCAAGUGCUCAAACACAAUAAGACCACACUUCCUGAAGAAGCACUGUAUAUGAUCAGAUUCCACUCAUUUUACCCGUGGCAUGCUGGUGGUGACUACACACAUCUGUGUAAUGAGAAAGAUCAUAAAAUGCUGCAUUGGGUUCAUGAAUUUAAUGGUGGAGAUGUCGACCAACACACAUUAUCAUAAAAACAGAAGGACGUGGAAAAAGGAAAUAAUUGUUCAUCUGAUGUCAUGCCCAUCCUCAUAAAAAUGUAAGAUUUUAGUACGUGAGGGUUUGCCUGCCACGGUAUACAGUAUGGACACAGUGUCCAGUCUGAUGCUCACACAUUGAAGAUGACAAAGAAACAUUAUGUGCCUAAGUAUUUGUCAGCCUGCACCAGAAGUGAGAAACCUGCAUUCAUUUUCAACACCUUCAGCAUUAGAAUAGUUAGUGAAUUAUUUAAAAUUACAUGCAGCAACAUACAUCCCUCUUAAAGAACAGAGUGCUUUUGCCUGCUAGCAGCAGUUACUGUACCUAUAACCUCUGUGAUCUGCAGUCUGCAAGUGAACUAUACCGACUGAGUGACCGCCGCUUGUCCCCGAAGUUAGUGCCAACUUUUGCGGAUAGAGGGUGUCACAUGGUCAGCAUGAUGGCUCCCCAUGGCCGUAAACCUCGGUUUUCUAGACUGGAGCCACUAUUUCCUUGAAAUAGCUCCUCAGUUAUCCUCACAAGGCUGAGUGGACC